AUGGAGGAGGGCAAAAACAUGAACAUCAAUGCCACGGCGGAACAACCGACCAUUGAAUCUGCGAAUGGAGAGAUCACCGAGGUCCGCGGCGGCGGCGACAUCAUCGACGACGGCGUGCGUCGGGCGCUCAAGUCUCGCCAUCUGCUGAUGAUCGCGCUCGGCGGGGUCAUUGGGCCCGGCACGUUCUACGCGACGGGAUUCGCGCUCCGCUAUUCGGGUCCCGUGGGUGCGUUGAUCGGGUACAUCAUCAUCGGGGUGGACGUGUGGUUCGUCACGCAGUCGCUGGGGGAGAUGGCCACGCUGUUCCCGUCGACGGGCGCCUUCAACGAGUUUGCCGGCCGCUUCGUCGAUCCCGCGCUCAGCUUCGCCCUCGGCUGGAAUUACUGGUAUAUGUGGAUCACGAUUCUUGCCAACGAAUACAACGGAGCGGCCUUGAUCCUGACCUACUGGACGACCAAACUGCCCAACUAUGCGUGGAUUCUCAUCUGCUGGGCGUUCUUCAUGGGCACGUCGCUGCUCGGAGUUCUGGUCUACGGAGAAAUGGAGUUCUGGCUGGCGAGCUUCAAAUUUGCAGUCACCCUCGCCCUCUAUCUUGUGGCCAUCUUGCUCGACACCGGCGCCAUCGGAGGCGACUACAUCGGGUUCCGGUACUGGUCGGACCCCGGCCCGUUCGCCAACGGCAUCAACGGGUUCGGCAAGGUCCUGGUGCUCGCGGCCGUCAUGUACUCGGGCACCGAGGCCGUGGCCAUCACGGGAGGCGAGUCGCGCAACCCGAAAAAGGACAUCCCGCGGGCCCUGAAGCAGACCUUCUGGCGCAUUCUGAUCGUCUACAUCGGCAUGGUCUUCUUCACGGGGUUAAUCGUGCCGUCGGACUCGACCGCAUUGCUCAGCGCGACCUCCAAAUCCGCGUCCUCCCCCUUCACGGUGGCCCUCGAGCAGGCCGGCUGGGGCGGCGCCGGCAACCUCAUCAACGCCAUCAUCGUCGUCACGCUGCUCUCGUCCAUCAACUCGGCCAUCUACAUCGCCAGUCGUUGCAUCUAUGCCCAGGCCAAGGUCGGCCGCGCCCCACGAUUCCUGGCAAAGACCACCUCCCGGGGCGUCCCCGUCAACGCCAUCGUCCUGUCCAACCUGUUUGGCCUGAUUUCUCUGUUGAACAUCUCCGAAAACGCCGGCGAUGUCUUCACAUACCUGCUGGACAUCUCGGGCGCCGCCGCCUUCAUCGCCUGGGCAUUCAUCGGUCUGACCCACGUGCGCAUGCGCGCCGCCAUGAAGGCACAGAACAUGCCCACGUCCUCGCUCCCGUUCGUCGCCUGGGGGUAUCCUUACGUCGCCUGGAUCCUGUUCGGCGCCAACAUCUUCCUGGUGCUCAUCUCGGGUUACACCACCAUCCUCACACCCUUCGAUGUCAAGGGCUUCGUCUUUUCCUAUCUCGUCAUCCCGCUCUUCAUUAUCCUCUAUCUGGGAUAUAAGCUCUGGCACAAAACCAAAUGGAUCAUUCCUGCCGAAGCAGAUCUUACUAGUGGAAGAAGAGACUGGCUGGAGAAUAAUGAGGAAGAAAAAGUCGGACCAGGAUGGUACGCGAGGAUCAGAAACACAGUCAUCGGUUAG